GCGUGAGGAGCUUCGCCCGCUGCGACCGGAGGGUGGCCGUGGGGAGGAACGGCGCUGCCAUAUGCGGCGAAGAGUGCGCGCGUCUGUGCUUAGUCACCGGCUCUAACCCCGCACAUGAAUCGGGAGAGGCAGCGGCCGCGGGCUGCAGCGCUGCCUGCCAGCACAUCCCCCUCCUUAUAUCCCUCCGGCCACCUGCCGCCCCGCGUCCUCCUUCCCUCGAUAGACUACCCUACGCGCACACUACCCUAGUCCCUAGACCCCCUAGAGACGCGUCCGUGCACCCGUGUCCCGGUCUGCACGCCUAUACCCCGGCCAUACGCUACCUACCCAAUACUGACUGACGCCUGCCCCGCACCGGCUCCGCUUACUACCCUUGCCACCAUCUGCUAUACUGACCGCACCGAUCCGUGCCCGCCAGUAUGUUCCCCCUGGAUCUUCCGCGCGUGUUUCCGCGCGUGCACUGCGAUGCGGACGAGACCGCGUCUGCCACGAGCACGACGGCGAAGGCGGUCACUAUCAGCGCACUCAACAGCGUGAAGAACGUCAUGAGCGUCCCCGAGACGGAGCUGAAGCGGUGGAGGAGGGUGUUUGACUCGCACGCGACGGCGGUGGCGGACGGGCAGAAGUAUCUGACCAAGGAUCAGUUCGUGAACGCGAUCGCGCCUGCGGGCGACCUGUCCAAGAUAAGACGCGCACAGUUCGCGAUCCUCUUCCGUGUGGCGGACACGAGCAAACGAGGAGUCGUCUCGUGGGAGGACUUUGUCGUGUUCGAGACGCUGCUCAAGAGGUCCGAUGCAGACUAUUGGAUCGCAUUCCAAUAUUUCGACGUUGAUGACUCCGGGACCAUCACCUACGAUGAGUUCAAGAACGUCUUCAAGGAAAACGUGGGCCCAGACGCAAUACCCUUUGACUUCGAAUGUGACUGGGUUAAACUCUAUCUUGGAACAAAAAACGGGCAGCAUGUCCUUGGAUACAAUGAGUUCACACAGCUCAUGAAGGGUCUGCAAGGCGAGCGUCUGCGACAAGCGUUCAAGUACAUCGACAAGGACCAGGAUGGUUUCAUCAGACCAGAUGAGUUCAAGCGCAUCAUUUUGGAAAUUGCUGGACACAAACUCUCCGAGGCUGUCGCAGAGAGGUUGCCGUCGUUGACGACGGUGAACCACCCCAGCGGACGGAUAUCCUACUCAGAAGUCGUUGCGUUCCACAACAUCGUUAGAGAUAGCGACAUCCUUGAGCGAGUGAUUCGCGAAGCGAUCGCAAAGUCCAAGGAUGGGCGUAUCGACCAGAGCGACUUCUUGAACUACUGCGAGACGAGCACACGCUACUCGCUUUUCACGCCCAUGGAAGCGUCAAUCAUCUUCCACUUCGCAGGCCGGGGUAAUUCGAGCCAGCGCCUGUCGCUCUACGACUUCGGGCAGCUGCUGGACCCGCGCUGGAGGGCGCCCCUGGAUGUGUCGGAGAACCCGGCCACCACUACGAAGUCGGUCCUGCAUCAGAUCGCGCACUCCGCAUACAAUUUUGUCUUGGGAGGCAUUGCCGGUGCAUUGGGUGCUACCAUCGUGUACCCAAUUGAUCUUGUCAAGACACGGAUGCAAAAUCAGCGAAGUACUGUUGUCGGACAACUGCUUUACAAGAACAGCUUCGAUUGCGUGAAGAAGGUCCUCCGGAACGAGGGCUUCGUAGGCUUCUACCGCGGCCUCGGCCCUCAGCUCAUCGGUGUCGCGCCUGAGAAGGCCAUCAAACUCACGGUCAAUGACUUCGUCCGUUCGCGUGCUAUGGACCCAGAGACGGGUCGGAUCAAGCUAAUGUGGGAGCUCAUCGCUGGCGGUACUGCAGGUGGUUGCCAAGUCAUCUUCACAAAUCCAUUGGAGAUUGUGAAGAUCCGGCUACAGAUGCAGGGAGAAGCCGCGAAGCUCGAAGGUGCCGCGCCAAAGGGUGCCGUGCACAUCAUUCGCCAGCUCGGGCUCGUCGGGCUGUACAAAGGUGCAAGCGCCUGCCUGCUCCGCGACAUCCCGUUCUCCUCGAUCUACUUUCCUGCAUACGCGCACCUGAAGAAGGACGUGUUCCAGGAGGGCUACAACGGCAAGCAGCUGUCGUUCCUUGAGACGCUGGCGUCGGCCGCGAUUGCGGGCAUGCCUGCGGCAUACUUCACGACACCUGCAGAUGUGGUGAAGACAAGAUUGCAGGUCGAGACGCGCACAGGCCAGACACAUUACAAGGGCAUGGGAGACGCGUUCGCCAAAAUCUACCAGGAGGAAGGCUUCAAGGCGUUCUUCAAAGGUGGGCCUGCCCGAGUCAUCCGAAGCAGUCCCCAGUUCGGGUUCACGCUCGUUGCGUACGAAUACCUUCACAAGUUCUUCCCGUACCCGUACAAUGGCAACGGAGACGCGAAGGACGUGGAGACGGCUCUCACCACCAGCAGCCCCGAGGACCUGUCGAAGAUUCGUGCGCGGAAUGCGCUCAAGAUCCUGCUGGACGUACACGGGGAGUUCGGGCGACGGACGGCAUGACGAUGCUGAGGAUGCUUGAUGGCCAAGUGGGCGGGCGGUGGCUGGUUCGCUUGGGGGGUCGUAGAUGUAAUAGUCGCGGAGCGGUGAUUGGAUGGCAAUGGGAUAAGUUAUCACGGA